ACAUCCGGGGACCCGCGGCGGCCCCGGCCCCGCUCCAAUGGCGGCUCCGGCGUCCGUCCCCGUCUCCUGGAUACGGGCGCGCGGCGACGACGACCCGAGCGCUGCGGCGGGGGGAGCGGGCAGGCCUUCCUGGCGCUUUGCGGCGUUUCCUCACUAUAAUAAAAAUAUUGAGACAUAAACUAGCUGACAAAGUCUCUUGGCUUGUUGUGACGAUGUCUCUCCCUCUGUGUGGCGUGUGGCGGGGAGCUCCCUGUAGGCACACACCCCUGUUCCACCCCAAAGCGGGGCAUGGGAGGCUCCGGGACCGCGGGCGGGGCUCAGCGGCGCCGGCCGAUGGCGGCGGAGCGGGGCCCUGCGGCCCCCCGGGAGGGGUGGGUGCCGCUCGCCCGCCGCCUGAUGGCUGGCGGUUGAAGGGCGAGAGAACCAACGGCUGCUAGGACUUCAGCAGGGCCUUUGGUACGGUCCCCCAUAGCAUCCUCCUGGAGAGGCUGGCAGCCCGUGGCUCGGACAGUUAUUGGCCCAUCUGUAACUGGUGGAAUGCGUAAAGAGCUUUGGAAGUGGAAAAUACUAUCACCUGUUCAAAAUUCUGAUCAGAUUUCCUGAGAGCAGGCCUUCUGUGAGUAACGCAUCCUUAAGCAUGGAGAAUUUCAUUCUGUAUGAAGAGAUAGGAAGAGGAAACAAGACAGUUGUUUAUAAAGGAAGAAGAAAAGGGACAAUUAAUUUUGUUGCCAUUCUUUGCACUGAUAAAUGCAAAAGAGCUGAAAUAACAAACUGGGUUCGUCUGACUCAUGAAAUCCGACACAAGAAUAUAGUGACAUUUCAUGAAUGGUAUGAAACAAGCAACCAUCUCUGGCUUGUAAUGGAAUUGUGCACAGGUGGUUCUCUAGAAUCGCUUAUUGCUCAAGAUGAACAUCUACCUGAAGAUGUAGUGAGAGAAUUUGGUGUAGACUUGAUUACUGGUUUACACCACAUUCAUAAUCUUGGAAUUAUCUUCUGUGAACUGACACCUGGAAAGAUCCUGCUGGAAGGACCUGGUACUUUGAAAUUCAGUAAUUUUUGCUUGGCUAAAGCAGAUGGUGAAAAUCUGGAAGAGCUUUUUGCUUUAAUUUCCUCUGAAGAACCAGGAGGAGAUGUCAGUGAAAGCACUCCACAAAGAUACUUAAAAAACAGAUUUCGAGGCAAUCCAUUAUACAUGGCUCCAGAAGCAAUAAAGGGAGAAGACUUUUCCAAAUCCAGCGAUCUGUGGUCCUUGGGAUGUUUACUUUAUGAAAUGUUUUCAGGAAGACCACCAUUCUUCUCAGACAACUUCUCUGAGUUAAUUGAAAAGAUUCUGUAUGAAGAUCCACUGCCACCUAGACUGGAGGGUUCUGCUUCUCAGAAGCCUUCUGCAGAGUUCAUUAGUUUACUUGAUGGCUUGCUUCAAAAGGAUCCUCAAAAGAGGCUGAAUUGGACAGACCUGUUGCAGCACCCCUUCUGGAAGGGCUCUCUUGGCCAUUGUGAUGGUGAUUCUGCAGACAGCCAGGGACCAAGCUUAAGCAAUGAAGACACAGUAUCCUCUGUGCCUUGGAAUACCAAGGAGCCAGAAGAGGCUUAUAAAAAUCUGUCGUCAUCUACAGCGGAUAUUAAGCUACAAAGCAAUUCCUUCAAAAUAGUAGAAAAUCCAGCUGAGUUGCGCCCCAAAAAUGCAGUUGAUGGUGAAUCAAAUGAAUCCAUAUUUCUUCUCAGUUCUCGUCCUACUCCUAGAACCAGCAUUACAGUAGAAGUAAGUGAUGUUACUACUGCCCCAAUCCAAAAUUCUCAUCAAAGAGAUUCAUGCUUGACAAAGGAUAAAAAUAGGUGCUCAAGUCAGCAGGAUAUGGAGUCAACAUUGAAAGAGCUCAUUUACACUGAAUCUGAUCUUAUCGUGACACCAAUCAUUGACAAUCCAAAGAUAAUGAAGCAAGUGCCAGUUAGAUUUGACUUGAAAACUUUAUCUAUACCAGCAUAUUCAGCUGAGAAGUUAUCAUCUAUGAAAGACGUGGACUGGAAUGACUUCUUGCAACAAGUGUCUUCAUUGCUUGAUUCCACUGAGAAGAAUGCAGGAGCAGCACGUUCUAAACUGAAUUUACUGUAUUACCUGUGUACUGUGGCUGUCCACAAGGAAGUUGCAAGCCGGCUAAUUAACUCUCAGCUGUUUCCAGUGUUAAUACAGCAGCUGCGUGCAGCCGCCAACUGGGAUAUACGUGCUAAAGUUGCUCGAGUGAUUGCUUUACUGGCAUUACACACAUCUGAACUCAGAGAAAAUGUACCUGUUUCUGAGGCAAUUAUACUUCUAACCGAACUCAUCAGAGAGAACUUCAGGAAUAGCAAAUUGAAACAAUGCCUUUUACCAGCACUUGGGGAGCUUCUUUACCUCGUAGCCAGUGAGGAGGAAAAAAAAGAGCACCCCAGAGAAUGGUUGGUUGUUCCCUCAGCAGCUUACACUGUGCUAAUGAGGUGUCUUCGGGAAGGGGAAGACCGGGUAGUGAAUCAUUUGGCAGCAAAGAUCAUUGAAAAUGUUUGCACUACUCUCUCUUGCUAUGCACAAGGAUUUAUUACAGGAGAAAUUGGACCUGUCUUAUGGUACCUUUUCACACAUUCUACAGUAGAUUCUUUGAAGAUAACUGCUAUUUCGGCUUUAUGCAGAAUUACUCGUUUUUCACCCAGUGCUUUCCAGAGCGUCAUUGAAAAAGUGGGAUUAACAGCUGUACUGAAUUCCUUGGCAACUGGAAUAUGCAAAAUUCAGCAGUACAUGCUCACCAUGUUUUCUGCAAUGUUGUCAUGCGGGAUUCAUCUACAGAGGCUGAUUCAAGAAAAGGAAUUUGUGACUACAAUUACACGUUUAUUUGAAAGUCCUUCAACUUUCAUAAGAGCAAAAGCCUUUCUGGUCCUGUUACAAGUUUUAAUUAAUAACAGGGAGAUGUUGCUACUCAGUUGUCAAGCAAGACUUGUGAUGUAUAUUGAAAGAGACAGCAGAAAGACCACACCAGGAAAAGAGCAGCAAAGUGGCAAUGAAUACCUGUCAAAAUGCCUGGAUCUUCUCAUCUAUCACAUUGUGCGGGAGCUGCCAGGAAUUCUAGGUGACAUUCUCAAUGCCUUAACUAAUGUCUCUGGACGCAAACACCCAUCAACGCUUCAGGCCAAACAGCUGAAGAUGUGCCUUCCCAUGAUGCCUGUAGUGCUUCAUCUUGUGACAUCCCAGGUAUUUCGUCCCAAGAUAGUCACAGAGGAGUUUCUUUUCUACUAUGGGACCUUACUUAAUUUUAUCCGAUCGAUAGACUCAGGAGAAACCAACUUGGAUGGAGCAAUAGGACCAGCUGCAUCAGAAGAAUUGAUUAAGACUACUCUAUCAACAUUUGAAGCAGUAACACAGCAUCCUGUCUUGUUGACAAUCCAUCGCACGACAGUUGAAGACUGUGUCCUUCCACCACUAGUUUCUUUGGUCCAUGGUCAGAAUGUGGAAUGGAGACUCUUCAGCUUGCGGUUGCUCUCAGAAACCACAUCACUGCUCUUAAGCCACGAGGUCAUGGCUGAGGAGAAAGGGGAGAGCCUCGACUCAAACAGCAAGCUUCUGUCUCUCAUUAGAGAUUCCUUGCUGCCUCAGUAUGGGUACAUUCUGAUGGCUCCAGACCCAGUACCAGUGUAUGCUCUGAAACUGCUGGUGGCCUUGACUGAACACAGCCCCGCUUCUGUGAGCCUUGUGGAAGAAAACCAUCUUUUUCCAGCUCUUUUCCAAGUCAUCUUGGAACACCAAGACAAUAUGCUAGGAAAUACAAUGCAAACUGCAGUUGCCUUACUGAAUAACGUGGUUGCUAACAAAAGCACAAACAUGAUGCUACUCUUCACAGAAGGACUGGCUUCUCACAUCUGUAAUCUCCUAAUAGAAACUGUGUCGCUAUACUUGGAGGUAGAUGAUAAAAGCAGCACCAAGACAGCAAAUGCACUUCUUCUGUCCUUGCUUGACAUUUUGCACUGCAUGCUGAUGUAUACAGCAAACAUUGUACGCCAGACUUUACAGGCACAGAAAACUGGCUCAGGAGGGGACACGCAGGCUGCUGAAGACCUUCUGCUUAUCAAUAAACCCCUGACGGACCUAAUUAGCCUGCUUAUUCAACUGCUUCCCAGUGAAGAUACUGAAAUAUUUGAGAAUGCCUCACAGUGCUUAUCAUUGCUGGUUCAGCUGUAUGGAGGGAACAGUCAGGAGAGCAUGUCUCCAGAAAACAUGGACAGCUUUGCUGACGUGCUGAAAUCCAAAAAGGAUACACGACAACUGAAGCUUUUGUUGAGGAUUAUAAAGAGACUGAUAACUUCAAACGAGAAGCGCUUGGAGAGCCUGAAGAGUGAUGGUGAUGCUCUUAUCCAAACUCUAGAGAGCCUGGCCCAAGCUGCCAGCUCUCACGCUGAUGUUGCUGUUGCUUCUUUGGCAUUUGAAAUUCUGAGAACAGUGGGACGUGAAAAUCUGAAGACGACCAAGUGAACUGUUUUUGACCAGCCCACCGAAGUGUGCAAGUUGUGCAUGCUGCUCAGCACCUCAGUCCUGAAUGAACAUCUUAAAAUACGCAGAGCAGACUUAACUAAUUUAGCAAGCUAGCUGAGCCAUAGCUGGGUCCCAGCACGUGCGUGACUGUGGGGGGUGUUUCCAGGCAGGGAGGGAAAAUGCCUUUUCCUCACCCCUCCCUCAAGGGUGAAUUGUUGAUUACUGUUUUACCUUACUGGCGUUACGUGAUGUAGCGUGAAUAUUUGACAGCCAGAGUUUGAAAAGUGUAAAUUAAAUAAAUAGUAUAGUUAUUUCAGAUUAUGGGCAGAAAGUGUUUCACUAUUUUGAAGGUAGUUAAAAACAUUCAUAUGUCUUUUGGACCAGCUGAGUGCCUUAAUUGUUCAUCUAAGGAGUCUUCUUAUGCCUGUGACUAGCACUGGAGAGUAUCUUUUUACUAAAAAAAAAAUAAGAAUAUACGUGGUGAAGGCUGUGUGUGCAUAUAUGGCAUGUACACGAUAUGCUCAGGCAAUAGUCCCCUGGCACUAGCAAGUGCCACGGUGCUUAAGAAAUUACAUCCCCUUUUUUCCCCCGGAGUGAGCAUGGAGCGGCUCUGUCCGGUACUGCUUGCUGUUUGACACCAGUCUUUGUGACUGCCACACCUACGGAAGUUACCUACUGAGCUGCUGCGACCAGCCUGCCCUUGGACAGCCCCAAUCUCCAGAUGGCGAGGCACGCCAACAGCCCUAGGUAAACAAACUGACUUCACCUUGCACUUUUUACAGGAAUUGUUUUCUUGUGUAACCUGUCAUAUCACUAUUGCUUUUUCAGAGCUGGAAAUUAGAGCUGGAGUUGCUAGAAAUAGGAAAGAAAUUACUGAACACUUUGGGUAAAGUGUUUUCUAAUAAUAGUCUUCUAGUGUAAGUGUUGCUGAGAGGUGAAGCUGGGUUACUCAAGGAGACAUCUGUGUAGUCACAGUGCUGUUCCUCUGCAAGCAAAGUGAGGCAGCCUGUUGUGUAGUUCGAUUCAGCUCUCAUCAUCUCGGGAUCCUAACAGGAGCUGUGAUCCCUUACAGCUUAGACCCGUUGCGAUUUUCUGCUGGCAAACUGCUGCACAGAUGCAAAACUGCCUGGGAGUGCUCACUCUGGGCAGGGGCUGGUGCAGGGUGCAGACGCAUGCAGUCUGUGAAUUUGCCAGUAGUUCAAGGACCACUUUCCCUGCUUCCAGCUGCACAGGCGCUGCCGCAAGAGAAGGUGAGUCACAUGCAGGUCGCACCUCACAGGAACUGAAGCCUGAGGACACCUGAAAAUGGGUUUAAGCUAGUGGAGCAGCUGACAAGUUGUAAGUAAAGGGCCUUCAACUGGUUGUACUGACAGCAUGCUGCUGAAGUACUAAGAGUGGAAAUAUGCUGCUUUAUGGCUUUUUCAUGGACUUGUUGAAGUCCAGAAGUCAGCAUGUGGCUUGUAGGCCAGGCACGAACUGUAGCUGCCUCACAUCUGGCUAGACCUGGCUCAGUGCUGGGGAACCUGCUUCAGCGAAGUGGCAGCAGUUCAAGGGGAAAAUACUGCAGUAGGAAGCCUUUGCCGUUACGACAGCUCUAAGGGACUAAGUAGUGCAUAGUGAGAUGGAGGGGGGAGUGGCUCUUAGCUCCCUCCUCUGAAGUAGUGAAGUUACUGUGCAAUGUGAGGACAAUUUUCAGAAAACUUGUAAACACACAAAUAUAGUUUACAAUCUGAAAUAAUUUGACACAGAGUGAAUUAAAAGUUUACUUUAAUUUUGAACCAUUUUAUAACUGCAUUUUUCUCAUGAAGCAUCUGUAUCACAGCAGGCUACAAUAACUUUGGGAUAAAAGGCAACUGGUAAACUGUCCAAUACAAGGUUCCAAAUAAACAGUUCUUACUGGCCCCUACCCAGACAUAUCCCAGAUAAAGUUUUUGAUCAAAAACAUGAAAUAGAUCCACCUGCUUAUUUUAAGCAUAUUAAAAAGGAAACUAAUUGGACCAUUUCUAUUUGUCUAGUUUUUUAUACAAAAAGGCUACACAAUGUUACACUUUAUUCAGAAUACAGUUAGAGCGAUUAUGAAUUAGUGUUCUACACCUUUACUCAAUCCUUAAAAAUUAGAAACUGCUGUAGCAUAUUCACUAUAACUUAAUACUACGAGAGACUUAAAAAAAAAAAAACUAACAACAAUUACUGCGAAAAGAAAG